UCCGAUCAGCUGAGAGAAACCAAAGGAACUAAAGCCAGCAGUUGCUGCACGUGUUUACGAUACAGUAAACGUAUACGCACAGUUGUACUGUAAAUUUGACAAUUUGGAAUCUCAAACAUAACUUAUCAAAAUGCCGAAGGUUAAAGCUGAGAAAAAAUCUCGACAACACCAGGAGGUGAAGAGUCAAGGAAUUAUGUUCAAUACUGGUAUUGGUCAGCAUAUUUUAAAAAAUCCAUUGGUUGUCAACGGACCCUGUUUUUUUGGACCAUAAAGAAUGUUUAUUGUGACAUUAUUUAUGACGUUUAAACUUUCAAUGUUUAUUGAUCUGUUUCAGGAAUUAUGUUCAAUACUGGUAUUGGUCAGCAUAUUUUAAAAAAUCCAUUGGUUGUCAACGGACCCUGUUUUUUUGGACCAUAAAGAAUGUUUAUUGUGACAUUAUUUAUGACGUUUAAACUUUCAAUGUUUAUUGAUCUGUUUCAGGAAUUAUGUUCAAUACUGGUAUUGGUCAGCAUAUUUUAAAAAAUCCAUUGGUUGUCAACGGACCCUGUUUUUUUGGACCAUAAAGAAUGUUUAUUGUGACAUUAUUUAUGACGUUUAAACUUUCAAUGUUUAUUGAUCUGUUUCAGGAAUUAUGUUCAAUACUGGUAUUGGUCAGCAUAUUUUAAAAAAUCCAUUGGUUGUCAACGGCAUCAUAGAGAAGGCAGCAUUGCGACCAACAGAUGUGGUUCUGGAAGUUGGUCCUGGAACUGGUAACAUGACUGUCAAACUUCUGGAGAAAGCCAAGAAAGUGGUUGCAUGUGAGUUGGACACCAGACUUGUUGCUGAGCUUCAAAAACGAGUCCAGUGCACUCCAAUGCAAAACAAGCUUCAGAUCCUCAUAGGAGACGUCCUCAAGACAGAGCUCCCCUUUUUUGAUGUCUGCGUGGCUAACUUGCCAUAUCAGAUAUCAUCACCUUUCGUGUUCAAGCUGUUACUUCACAGGCCGUUUUUUAGGUGUGCUGUGCUGAUGUUUCAGAGGGAAUUUGCCAUGCGGUUGGUGGCUAAAGCUGGAGACAAGCUAUACUGCAGGCUGUCCAUCAACACACAGCUCCUAGCCCGUGUGGACCACCUCAUGAAGGUGGGAAAGAAUAAUUUCAGACCACCUCCAAAAGUAGAGUCCAGCGUGGUGAGGAUAGAGCCCAAAAAUCCUCCACCGCCUAUCAACUUCCAGGAAUGGGAUGGUCUUGUCAGAAUUGCAUUUGUCCGAAAGAACAAAACACUCAGUGCUGCCUUCAAAUCUGCUGCGGUUGAACAGUUAUUGGAGAAGAACUACAGAAUCCAUUGCUCCGUGCACAACAUGGAAAUACAACAGGAUUUCAACAUUGCUCAGAAAAUUGAAAGCAUCCUUCAAGAGUCGAAGUUUAGCGACAAGAGGGCACGUUCCAUGGAUAUAGAUGAUUUCAUGGUGCUUCUUCAUGCAUUCAACUCCGCUGGGAUACACUUCUCCUAAGACAGCUACUAGGCUGACAGGAAGUGAUGUCACAAUCUUCUCCUAUUUUGUUGAUGCUAUGUGAAGAAAUGAAUGAUAUUUAUUUUCAAUGGACAUGCAAUGGGACAACUAAUCACUCAGGCUGGAAAUGUUUUGUGCCUUUCCUGAAUCAGGAAGUAUUUACGAACUUCAUUCAGAGUUAAAACUAGUGACUGUGUUAAGAGGUUUUGAAGAGGACAUCUUGGGUUUUUGUAACUUGUCUUUAUGUACUCACUCUGCAGUUGUGAGUACACCAGUUUACUCUUCAUAUAACUGAGGUUGUCAUAAAGAAUAUUAAACUUCAUCCCCAUCAGUCUCAGCACUGCACACACAACAUACUAUCCCGCCACUGUGUACUGCUCAAUACUGAACUGUCAAACUGAGAAAUUAUAAACUGCUAACACUUCACAAUAAGGUUCAGUUGGUUAACUAUGUAUCAGGUGUCAUGAACUAAUUGAUGGCAUUUUUACAGCAUUUUGUAUCUAGCUUAAUGUUAAUUUAUAAAUAUAGUAAUUGUUAAUUUAGUAAACUUGGAUUAGUAUAUAUAUAAAAAUUAACCUAAGUUAAUAAAUGGUGUAAAAGUAUUAUUAAUUAUUUGGCCAUGCUAGCUAUUGGAUUAAUGUUAACCACUUGGAACUUAUUUUCAAGUGUUACCUAGAAAUUUUGAUUAAUAUUCUACCAACAGUUAAGGUAAUAAGGUUACUGGUAUGUAAUCUUUGUGUAAAUAUAAUGGCUAAUUAUGUAAUAGGUGAUUAAACUAAUCUCAGAUUCAUUUAAGGCAUGUUUCUUAGGAAGGUUUAGCUGUACAAGGUCAAUAAAACCAUUGAAAAAGUAUUGUGUUAAAACUUCAGUAUUUAAAAAUCAAGAACAGGAUCUGCAUAUAAAUGUUUUGACUUUAAAAGAAACUUGAGA